AUGGGGUGUAGUCCUUCCUCAAACGAUCGCUCAGGAUAUGCUAGAUCAGUUCUAAAGAAGCCAAAGUUGCUCAAACUCAUCAAUAAGCAUCAGAAGAAGAACAAGGGCAAAAAGAGGGUGAGGGACGAGACUGAAUUCACUGCUGAUGUCUUCAGAGUUGACCUGAGGCAUUUAUGGAGUAUUAACCUCCUAGAAGAAAUUUCAGCAAAGACCAGACUCGAACCAAUCCCUACAUUAGCCUUGAGGUACCUCCCUGAGCAACAUGAAUCUAUUGGAGAAUUCCUGAAUUCUUCUGUAGACGAAGUUGAUCACCUCUUUAUCAAUAACUACGUUACAAAGGAGGUGAAGAAGAACAAGAUUCCUAUUGAGCCAUACCUCCCUGCUCUCGCAAGUGUGUGUCCCAAAGUAAAGGAAUCUCUCUGGGUGGAGUACUUCUCGCUCUCAAUCAGAGAUGUAGCCCAGAUAAUCAGGAAAGGAUGGCACAUUAAAACAAUCAGGUUUGAAUGCUGCCUCAUUGAUUAUUCUGACGCCAAAGAACUACCAUCUGGCGAUAAAGCUGUGACCAUGAACACUGAAAAAGAGACUCUGACGGAUUACCUCUGAUUUAAGGGCUGUAAUAUAGCCAAUGAUAGCUUCAAGAUCAUCGCCAACUCGUUGAAGGAGAUGGACACACUGAAGUCCUUAGAUAUCUCCAACACUGAGAUGACAGUGGAAGAAGCUUCCGCCGCCCUUUCAGAUUGUGGAAUCACUGCUGUUAAAAUCGUAAAAAUAUAAAAUAUUUUAG